AUGGCGCCAGUCAAGCGCGGACUGUCAGUCGGAUUGAUGGUUUGUUUACUGACAGCCUUGAUCGCGACAGCUCAUGCCGCAUUGCCGCUGGAAUCGAGACAAAACACCGUUCAGCAAACGACUAGGACAGUGCCAACGAACGGUGAACAGACGCCGACGGCAGCCAAACGCGAGCGCGCAACGGUACGGUCGUGCCAAGAAGCUUGCUUGGAAAAGUGCCAAGAGAAAUGCGCCUUUGACCCGAACAAUCACCGCUUAUCCUUGGUUCUGCUGCAGAUGAUCCGGAAUGAGUCAUUGGUAACGGCAGAUGUAGCGUGGGUGACAGUGCCCGAUGAUGACCGUAGAACUACCUCACCGGCAAUCACUGGGCACCAACAGCAGCAGUGUCUGGUAACCUGGGAAGUAGCAGGAGGUGGUCUGAUGGGCAACUUGCUGACCGAAUCGUUCAGCGCGCAACUAUCACUAUGGCCUGAAACUAACUACCAGGUGCAAGUCACAUGUCGGAACAAGCAUACCGAUGCCCUAACCCGUUCGGCACCGAUCGUCCUAAACACAACCGGCGCUACCGUAGUGGACGUUAAACAGGAACAUUCGACCCGGUUACCAAGUGUGGCACUGCUUCCGCCAUCCCGUCCGCCUUUGAAGGAGCUUUUCUUCGCCGCUGCCGGUGAUGACCGAGAGGCGCUAGUGGAAUUACACGAGUUGGAUCCGGAACCAGGAUCUGGUCCAACGGCGGCGGUACACCCGCAGCUCGCCGUUUGGCCAAUCUCUCGUGAAAGCCAACAAGAAAUCCUGCUUCUUGGCGUGUUCGUAGCGCUGCUAAUGUUCCUGCUCAUCCUAUUGACAAUGGUGGUCUUCGGCAAGCGGAAGGUAGCCCCGUUUACAGCCUCCGACAAACAAAUGCUGGUGGAAAACGAUCGUUCAGCGGUGGAAAUUCUGCAUGUUUGA